UGGGCAAAGUACUUCUUCUUUCGUAACGUUAUGAACUUGGCUGCGUUGCAUAGGGCCCGAGUUCAUUCGAAUUGCUCUGCUUUAUUUUGGUCACCUGUCAGAUUUUGGAGCAAUAAUCCUCGAGCAUAAGGAUCCAAGCAAUUUUCCCAACAUCCGAACUGUUGAUUUUCAAACAUUAAUGGAGUGCGCAUCAGAUGGAACCAUCAUAAGAGUCAAAGAGUUGGACAGGAGUUUUACAAUUCCGAAGCGUCGGGGGGAGCAGAGUCUCCUCCCUGCCACAGGACAACAGCCUGACAUUGAGCACAAAUCGAUCUUGCAAGCUGAUUGCGAUGAAGUCUUGAAAACACUGAAAAGACCUGCCAGUGAUUACAGGAAGAGUGCAGAUGUUGUCCAACAUCACAACAGACCUAGCAUUGUGCUGGGAGGUGACCUGACAGAUACUUCAUUGCCGAAGGAAUUGAGGGAUCAGAUACAGCCAUUGUAUUGUGGUGUAUGUAAAGUUCAACUGAUCAACUCGAUUAGUGCUAAAAUACACUAUGCAUCUAAAAACCAUGAUAAGAAUAUUAGGAAGUUUUUGAUUUCCUAUUCCUUCCGGACCGGGGAACCAUUGCACAAGAGGGCCAGAUGGGAUAAGAAGCCUAUUUCUGAUGAUAAUGAUCCAAAAUAUUUCCACUGCAAAGCUUGUGAUCUUCCACUGACAGGAAAAGCUCAUGCAGAAUCACAUUACAUGGGGAAAAUCCACCAAAAAGUUAUCAGUGGGACGAGAAAACCAGCAGGAAGAGGAUACAUCGAUAACUCUGGACAUUGGAAACGAAGUUUCAUCCAAAUCGAUCCGAGCGGCAGAGACGGUUUUGGUGCUGGUUUUGCGGCGCUCGAAAACCACCCUGAAAAAGUGAACUCUUUGAGCUGCGAUCUCUGCCACGUGAAGGUAACAUCUUAUCCGCAGAUGGAAAAUCACAUUCAAGGAAGCAAGCAUCAGAAGAAACUCAGGAACACCUCUUUCAUUCAAACGAUUACGACGAAUCCCAAUGAACCAGAUUUUAGCACGUAUCGCACGCCGAGUGGACAGUUCUAUUGCAAGAACUGCAACAUCGUCAUGAAUUCCGAUACCCAAUUCACCAAUCAUUUGCAAAGUCGUAACCAUCUGAAGAAUCUCGAACCGAAAAGUCCAAGUGAAUGAAGAUGCCAAUUUUAACGCUUUAAUUUUUGUUUGUUUAACAACAUUCCUUAUUAGUUUUGUGUGAAAAACCUGAGAUUAUUUGUUAUUAUUUUAUUUAGAUCUAGGUGUGUGUCUGUAUUUAUUGUGUGUACCAAAGUGUUAAUGUUUUCAAAAGAUUUUAAAUGGAUUGAACAAAUAAAUGUGUGUAAUUUUCAUAAA